CCAAAACAAGCAGCGCUACAGUGUUGAAACUUGACAUUUGACAACAAAUAGUUAUUUGUAAAUAAAUAUAUAUUGUUGUUAUUAUUAUUUAUUGAUGUCAUGUUAUUAUUAUCUCAACAACAAAAAAAGACAUUGAUAUUUUAAUAAUAAAUAUUAUCAAAUGUUAAGUGUUUGAGUAAUAUAAUUGAAAAAUGAAGCCAAUUAAAAUUUAUGUAGAUGACACCAAUGCAGAUUCAUUGCAACAAUUGAAACAACACGAAACGGCACUUGAAGAAACAAAAAAUGCUCUACUUAUUGAGCAAUUAAGAUUAAAAAAAAUACUUCAAAAUUUACAAUUAACACAAACAGUGAACAAAGAGGUUUGCCAAACUGGUACACAGUUUAAUUCUAAUGAAAGUUAUAAAGAAAAUGGUGCAACUCAAACAAGUCUAAAUCCACAAGCAAUGAGCUUGGAAAAAGACAUUGCUCAAGUGUCUUCUGAUCAAGAACAAAUAUGUCCAAUGUGUGGAUUAUUUUUUAGCAAGUCUGUUGAAUUUAAAAUGUUUCAUGAACAUGUAUUGACACAUUUUACAUCAGAAUCAGUUUCAAGUUUUGAGCUAGUACCAUAAUAAGCCUAAACUUUUUAUUUUUCUGUUGAUUAAAUUACUAUUGAAGUUUUAUCAUUUUAGAAAUAAUAAUUAUGUUAAAAAAUUUAA